GCAGUGUCGGUACCGCAUGCCAGCUGAUUGCCAGUCGUUCGGUCACGGUCGUCCUGACCUAAAGCACACAUUUGUGGGUCCUUUCCGGUCGAUGGUCUCGGUAGUGUAACGAGUGACAGUAAGCGUGCAGGUGCCGGUCACUAGUCGCGUGCUGGGAAAGGAAACAAAGAAACCGUAGUUGCAUUAAAUUUUCGUUCGUCCUUUUAUGUGAAAAUUGUGGAAAAAUAAUUACAAUCGGAAGAAAUGUAUGUUUCCUUUAAACACAAUGCAAAAGAAAGUACGCGUUACGUGAGUGCCACCGCAAGAAAGGGUGAGAAAACCUUCAAUUGACCGUCCCCAUCGAUCCAAUAUUCAUGAGCGUAAACUUGUUCGUCAGUGACGGUUUCUUACUUAUUUGGUGCAAUAUACUGUAUAGUCUAUCAAAUCAAUUCCCUAUCGAUAAAUGGCCACUGUUGAUUCGGUGGAUAUCGUCGCAAAUUGAGCAUUCCAGCCGAAGCAGUUGACAUUGGUGGCGUGUUGGAGGAACUGCACCGUCAAAAAAAUCCGUUCCGUUUUGCUGCAUUGUGUAAUCGAUAACCGUACGGACAAACAAACAGUAUCCUUCAGCUGGCGGAUUACUAAUCGGGUUUUGUGAUACUAUAUACUAGUGGUUGGCCGAUGGAACACAGAUUAAGCGCCAGCAGUACGUCUGGGAAAUGGUGCAAAAAGUGAAACAAUAUCCCUUACGGAACAAAGAGGGAAAAUCGGAUAUCGUCCUUGGGUGGAUAGUGGAACGGGUUGGACACAAUUAAAAGUGUACUUGGUACUUGGUGAUGUGAAAAUGGUGCCGUGUAAGUACGGCACACAGUGAUAGAAAUUAUGGUACAUCCCGAUACGUUGAUCGUACAAUUACAACCGACCAUAAUAGUAUAACUUAUAUUGGAAAAGGUCAUAUCCAAUAACACGAACAUUGUCGUAGGUCCUGGACUGGCUGGAUUGUCAUAACGCUCAUCAUCUUCCACCCGUUCGUCGGGUGAUUCGUGUACGACACGGUGCAACAAUAUCGGAACCGGAAAAUUCCCAAACCUUCAUUGAAUGGAAAUAAGAGAAAACAGUGAGCAGCACAAAGACGAUGCCUUCCGCGAGAUCAUUGCUAGCUGCCGGUCGCUGAGCAAGUAUGAGACGAACCUCAAGUCCGCACUGCCCCAGAUCCUGUCGGCGAUUGUGGCCGCCUCGUUUCACAUUGUCAUUGGCAUUUCGCUGGCAUACUCGGCCAUCCUGAUCCCGCAGCUGGAACAGCCCGGCAGUGACAUACCGAUCACGAAAGGACAAUCGUCAUGGAUUGCGUCGAUUAUCGUGAUCAUGGUACCGAUCGGAUCGUUGGUGGCGGGCGUUAUGAUGGAGUUUCUCGGCCGGCUCAACACGAUCAAGCUGGCGGCGGUACCGUGUGUGGCGGGUUGGGUUGCGAUUGCCCUAGCGAACAACUUCACCUGGAUCAUGGUUGGGCGUGUGCUGACCGGUUUUGCCUGUGCACUUGGCACCAGUCCGGCGAUCGUGUACAUUACGGAGGUGGCCCGGCCCGAUAUGCGCGGAUCGUUGAUCUCUUCCGGUCCUACGCUUGCAUCGUUGGGAAUGGUUAUCGCCUAUGCGAAGGGUGCCUUCAUGGAUUGGCGACUUGUGUCGUGGAUUUGCAUCAUCUACACCAUCGUGCCGGUGCUUCUAAUUCAACUGUUCGUUCCCGAAUCACCUGUCUGGCUGGUGUCGAAAGGGCGGAUCGAAGAUGCGGCACGUUCAUUGCGAUUCCUUUACAAAAAGUAUCCUCAACCAGAGCAUACGGAUCAACCACUCUCCGAGAUGCAUCUGAAUGCGCUGCUGAAGGAGCGUGAAACUAAACUGGCGGAAGCACAAAAAAAUGUUAACCGCCACGGUGUGCAGCAGUCGAAACUUCGCGGGUUCCUAAAACCAACCGGCUACAAACCGAUGAUUAUCCUGUUUUGGUUCUUCCUGAUACAGCAGUUCAGCGGUAUCUACAUAACGCUCUUCUUCGCGGUAACCUUCAUCCAAGACGUCGGCACCGAGGUGAACGCCUUUACGGCCUCCAUCUUUGUCGGGUUGACGCGGUUCACGAUGUCGCUGCUGAACGCGUGGCUGCUGAAGCGAUUCCCCCGGCGCCAGCUGGUCAUGGUCUCGACGACCGGUAUGGCCAUCUGCAUGUUCGUUUCGGGGUUAUUCACGCUGUGGAUUAAGGAGGGUACCACCACGCUGACGUGGAUACCGGUCGUUGGUUUGCUGCUGUACGUGUGUUCCUCCAUGAUCGGGCUGCUUACCAUACCCUGGACGAUGACGGCGGAACUGUUCCCGACGGAAAUUCGCGGUAUCGCACACUCGAUAUCAUACUCGAUGGCAAACCUGUUGAUGUUUUUUGCCGUCCAAAGCUACAGAACCAUAACCGAUCUGCUCGGUGGAGCGUACGCUGUACAGUGGAUGUUUGCCGUCGUAUCGGUGAUCGGAUUUUUCUUUGCCCUAUUCUUCCUGCCAGAAACGCAGGGCAAAAGUUUGGCAGAGAUAGAGGCAUACUUCGCGGGCAAAACGCAACCAAACCGUGUACCGACUGAACCAGCGGCCAAACCGUCCGUGACGGAGCAUCUGAUACGCAGCCCGAGCCGAGAGGCCAAGCUGAAAGAGGUGGAACUGAUGCUGAAAAACAAAAAUGGAGCUUAGAAUCGAUGAUGAUAAUAGUGAACCUGUGCAUACGAUAUACGACAAAGAAAGGGGGCAGGAACUGACUGUUUUGCAAACGUAUUUCUGAAUGCUGUGGAUCAGCAGUUGUACUUAAUGCAGCACGCUAAAAGCAAGCACAACGAAUUAAGAAUCGAGAAACUGCCCAGUUUAGGAGUGUUUGUGUGUGUGUCCUACGCCAACAAGAUACAAAUGAUUCAAAGAGAGUAAUCUUUAACAAAACAUACACACACAAGAAACAUAUUUAUUUUUAGUAUUUUUGAAAUUCCGCAACAAAAACCCUCUCGUCGUGUUAUGGAAAUGGGCAGAUGAAAGUAUAAUCACUUAACCUUCCUAUCGAUAAUGGUUAGCCGAAUAGGUGUACCGAACGUUGGUAGUUGUGUUUUCGAUUGAUUGAUUACUUUCGGUUUGUGCGAUGCGCGGAACAGUGCGAAAUGUUUCGGCAGACUGAGCUUGAUGAAGCCAUACGCAUUGGCGACAAAAACCCAGCACCAGCAUACACACACCCUGGUGAAGCCAUUUAAUGCAAUCCAAGUUCAAAACACAGUGUAUUAAUCGUAUUCGAAGUAUUUUGCAAAGUGCGUAGAUUUAGUUCUAAAUAAACUGUUGAAUGAAAGUGCGA